GCCAUCUUCCCCCGGCACAGCGCUACUCCAAUAGAGCCAGCCCGGUCGACAGGGACACGGCAAUCAUUUGGGAACGCCGGUGUCAUUUGGAGGCAGGGGGCGAUCAAAAGACGCCCGACAGCAGGUGUCAGCCGGGAGGGACGGAAGAUUCCUGAAAGACCGCUCGGGAUUUCUACUUCCGAGCUGACUGAGGAAUAAACCAGCUUUGAACGUCAGAGGAGGCUCUUACACUAAUACAAAGAAAGGAAAACAUUGAGCUAGGAGGGUGGAUUCAUAUCGAAAUGUGAACCGUAUGUUAUUCAGCAAAUAGAAAAAGGCCAGAAAAUAAACGCGGUAAAUAAGCAUGUAGUUGGUACGGUACGGAAGGUGGUAUGGUCACCGCUAAAUGUAAACAAACAGCGAUGUAUGCUAGCUCCGGUUAGCCGGUCGGGUUUAGCGCUACUGCUACUGCACAUAGCUUAGCUUAUACCCAGCUGUACCGAACCAGAGGGUAAACCCACCUGAACAAACAUGCUUUGGGGUUGUAAAACACAUUUCAGAUAAAUUUAAUCGUCUGAGUCGGAUGUCAGCGGUUUGUUUAAUCGCAGUAAGCAGUUAUUAGCAUAAUUAGCCUUCCAGCUAACGUCGGCUAAGUGUUUAUUUGCAUUAGCAGGCGGCCACUAUAAGACACAACCAGUGCCCUGAAUGCACAACAAAGAAGACCUUUGGCAUCAUUAAAAGCUAAGUGUGACUCAAGUAUUCCGCCAUGAAACAAACUCUUUCUGGAUUCGUGUUUACGUAGAAAUCGUUAAGUGUAUCUAUGUUGAUUGGCUAAAAGGAGGAGAUCCUCCGGAUGAAGGAAACGACUUGACUUUUUUUAAAGAUUGAACCCCGUCGCCAUCCACAGCCAGAGGCUCGCGCAUCGUAUCCGGUGUGUCCGCGCUCCUCUCCGGUGUGUGUGUGUGAGAGAGAGACGGUAACAACCGGUGAGUUGGGCAGCGGCACAGUCCGUGUUAUGGAGCCGUGCUUGAGGGCCCGGCGGUAAGCCUCUCAGCUGUGUUGUGGUCGCUUCUGGCCUCCCCUCCCCCAGCUGAGAGACUCUUGACUCCGCUGAGUGCUGGACACCGUCCGCCGGCUCUCACUCGGUGGGUCGCGGAUAAAAAGGCCGUGGCCUCCGCUCGCUGUCCUGUGGACUUUGGCGGAGUUAAGAAGUGGAUGUAAUGGAACUGAUGUUCGCCGAGUGGGAGGAUGGAGAGAGGUUCUCCUUUGAAGACUCGGACCGGUUCGAGGAAGACUCUCUGUGCUCCUUCAUCUCAGAGGCCGAGAGCCUCUGCCAGAACUGGAGGGGCUGGAGGAAGCAGUCUGCUGGACCCAACUCCCCUACUGUCAAGAUUAAAGACGGGCAGGUGAUUCCUCUGGUGGAGUUGUCAGCGAAGCAGGUAGCGUUCCACAUCCCGUUUGAGGUGGUGGAGAAAGUCUACCCCCCCGUCCCAGAACAGCUGCAGCUCCGAAUCGCCUACUGGAGCUUCCCCGAGAAUGAGGAGGACAUCAGGUUAUAUUCCUGCCUGGCUAAUGGGAGUCCGGAUGAAUUCCAACGUGGAGAGCAGCUCUACAGGAUCCGGGCUGUCAAAGACCCUCUGCAGAUCGGUUUCCAUCUCAGUGCCACAGUGGUGACCAGUCAGUCCGGCCAGUCCAAGGGGGCUUACAAUGUGGCGGUCAUGUUCGAUCGCUGCCGCAUCACCUCCUGCAGCUGCACCUGUGGCGCCGGGGCCAAAUGGUGCGCCCACGUGGUGGCUCUCUGCCUCUUCAGGAUCCACAACGCAUCAGCAGUGUGUCUGAGGGCUCCGGUCUCUGAGUCUUUGUCCAGGCUCCAGAGAGACCAGCUCCAGAAGUUCGCCCAGUACCUCAUCAGUGAGCUGCCUCAGCAGAUCCUCCCCACGGCUCAGCGGCUGCUGGAUGAGCUGCUGUCCUCUCAGUCCACCGCCAUCAACACUGUGUGUGGGGCUCCAGACCCAACAGCAGGCCCUUCAGCAUCUGACCAGAGCACUUGGUAUUUGGAUGAGUCGACCCUCAGCGACAACAUUAAAAAGACUCUGCACAAGUUCUGUGGGCCCUCACCUGUCGUCUUCAGUGACGUGAACUCCAUGUACCUGUCUUCGACGGAGCCUCCAGCUGCCGCCGAGUGGGCGUGUCUGCUGCGGCCUCUGAGGGGCCGGGAGCCAGAGGGCAUUUGGAACCUUCUGUCCAUCGUCAGGGAGAUGUUCAAGAGACGAGACAGCAACGCCGCCCCGCUGCUUGAGAUUCUCACUGAGCAGUGUCUCACCUAUGAACAGAUCAUUAGCUGGUGGUACAGCGUUCGGACCUCGGCGUCUCACAGCAGCGCCAGCGGCCACACCGGACGCAGCAACGGCCAGUCGGAGGUGGCGGCUCACGCGUGUGCCAGCAUGUGCGAUGAGAUGGUGGUGCUGUGGAGGCUGGCGGUGCUCGACCCCACCAUGAGCCCCUGCAGGCGCCUGGAGCUAGCAGGCCAGCUGAAGCAGUGGCAUCUGAAAGUUAUAGAGAUAGUGAAGCGGGGGCAACAUCGCAAGUCCCUGGACAAACUGUUCCAGGGCUUCAAGCCCGCUGUGGAGUCAUGCUAUUUCAACUGGGAGGUGGCCUACCCGCUGGAGGGCAUCACCUACUGCAGUGCUGAUAGGAAGAGCGCCACCUUCUGCUGGUCCAGAGCAGUGCAGCACCAGAGAGGAGUCAAAGCUGCUGCAGGGUUGGGUGGAGAGCCUCCAGAACCGGGGGGAGGGGGGAGAGCUGACGGCGGAGUUGGGGGAGAUUAUAAAGGAAGGGGUCACUCAUCCCAGCAGGAGGUGGCAGUGCGUCCCAAGGAGACCCUACUGACCAAGAGGAAAGGCCUGUCAGUGAGCGGAGGGGGAGGGAUGCUGGUCCGUCUGGGAGGGGGGGUCUCUCUGGCUCUGGAGGAAGGAGGAGGGAAGUGCGUGUACAAAGGGCCUGGCUCGUCCGCUGGAGGGAAGCUGAAACUGACACAGGGAGGCGGGAAGGGGGCCUCCGUCGGAGGUGCAGGGGGAAGUGGAGGGCUGGGAGGGGGGAAGCAUGCUGGCACCAAGCGCAGAACCAGCAGUGAAGACAGCUCCCUGGAGCCGGACCUGGCCGAGCUCAGCCUGGACGACGGUUGCAGUCUGGCUCUCGGCGCUGAGGCCAGCAACACUUUUGAGUUUCUCCCCCCACCACCAGAGAUGCUGCCCUCCCCGAGCCCGCUGCUCAGAGACUCACGCAAGUAUAACAGCAACAGCAGUGGGGGGGGCAAACUGUUUGAGGCCAAGCGCGUCGGCCACGCCUCGGCUGCCAUCCCUUCCGCGGAGCCCGCUCCGCCUCACACGGUGCUGGUGGUUACAGACACGCCCAGCACUGGGGAGAAGGACGUCGAGCUGGUGACGACACCUGUCAACAGCGAAGAUGUAGACUCUGCUGGCAGCAACCAGCCAUCCGCCCCAACCCCCACGGCGAGAUCCGCCACCACCCCACCGUCUGCCAAGCUGCCACGGGCCCGCCGGGAGGCAGCACCUGCUGGAGCGCCGGCAGGGGCCGGAGCGGCCGCUGCACGAGGGCCGGCCAAUCAGGGAGCGGAGGCGGGAGGAGGAGACGCAGUGGGGGAGGACGACUAUCAAGCAUACUACCUGAGUGCCGCCUCGGAGGAGGGAGCAGACAGACAGCUGGCUGACAACCACCAGGAGGAGGAGCCAGACAUCUUCGCAGGGAUGAAACCAUUGGAGCAGGAGGGACGCAUGGAGGUGCUGUUUGCGUGUGCCGAGGCCCUCUAUGCCCAUGGUUACAGUAAUGAGGCGUGCCGGCUGGCCGUGGAGCUGGCCAGAGACCUGUUGGCCAAUCCUCCAGACCUCAAGGUGGAGCAGCCACAGACCAAGGGUAAGAAGAGCAAGGUAUCCACCAGCCGUCAGACGCAGGUAGCCACCAACACGCUGUCCAAGGCUGCCUUCCUCCUCACUGUUCUCAGUGAGCGCCUGGAGCUCCACAACCUGGCCUUCAGCACCGGCAUGUUCUCCCUGGAGCUCCAGAGACCCCCGGCAUCCACCAAAGCUCUGGAGGUGAAGCUGGCCUACCAGGAGUCCGAGGUGGUGUCUCUGCUGAAGAAGAUUCCUCUGGGCCUGGUGGAGAUGUCGGCCAUCAGAGAGCGAGGCGAGCAGCUCAGAGAUGGAAACUUCUGUGACUACAGACCUGUGCUGCCUCUCAUGUUGGCCAGCUUCAUCUUUGAUGUACUCUGCACCCCAGUUUGUGCAGUAGUGUCCCCAACGGGUUCCCGUCCACCGAGCCGCAACCGUAACAACGAGAUGCCCGGCGAUGAGGAGCUGGGCUUCGAGGCCGCCGUCGCUGCUCUCGGUAUGAAGACCACAGUAAGUGAGGCGGAGCAUCCUCUGCUGUGUGAAGGAACUAGACGGGUGAAAGGGGACCUGGCUCUGGCUCUUAUGAUCACCUAUAAGGACGACCAGAGCAAGCUGAAGAAGAUACUCGAUAAGUUGUUGGACAGAGAGAGUCAGACCCACAAGCCCCAGACUCUAAGCUCCUUCUACUCCAGCAAGCCGGCAGCUGGCAGCCAGCGCAGCCCGUCCAAACACGCUGCCAGUCACAGCAGUGCGAGCGGGGGCGUCUCCAAACACGCUCCACCAUCUUCAUCCGCGGCGACAGCCUCUUCUUCCACCUCUUCCUCCGCCGUGGCGGCGGUCAGUGAAGAGUCGGCCAACCAGGCCCAUGUCAACACAGUGCAGAACAAUAGCACAGCAGGAGAGAACGCAGCUGAGCGAGCAUCAGAUGGGCCUCCUCCAUCCAGUGAGCAGCAGAGCGAAGCGGCUCCCUUUAAGCUGGAGGCCACUGUGCCCAGUCGGCUGGCACUGGGGGCUCGCUGCGGCUACAACCAGCGCUGCUGGGGCUCUCCUGUCCGCCAGAAGAAGAAACACACCGGCAUGGCGAGCAUCGACAGCAGCGCUCCGGAGACCACCUCGGACAGCUCGCCGACUCUCAGCCGCCGGCCGCUCCGGGGGGGCUGGGCGGCCACAUCGUGGGGGCGGGGCCAGGACAGUGACAGCAUCAGCAGCUCCUCGUCCGAUUCGCUUGGCUCCUCGUCCUCCAGCGGCUCACGCCGGGCAGGGGGCGGGGCCAGAGCCAAAAGCACCGACACCAGCAGGUACAAAGGGCGGCGUCCAGAGUGCCAUGCCCCCCACGUGCCCAACCAGCCAUCCGAGGCAGCAGCCCAUUUUUACUUUGAGCUGGCCAAGACGGUGCUCAUCAAAGCCGGGGGAAACUCCUCCACGUCCAUUUUCACUCAGCCCUCGGCCAGCGGGGGCCACCAGGGACCCCACAGAAACCUGCACUUGUGUGCCUUUGAGAUUGGCCUGUACGCCCUUGGCCUCCACAACUUUGUCUCGCCCAACUGGCUGUCCAGGACCUACUCCUCCCAUGUGUCCUGGAUCACUGGCCAGGCAAUGGAGAUCGGCAGCGCUGCCCUCAACAUUUUGGUGGAGUGUUGGGACGGUCACCUCACCCCUCCAGAGGUAGCGUCCCUCGCUGACCGAGCAUCGCGGGCCAGGGACCCCAACAUGGUUCGGGCGGCAGCGGAGUUGGCCCUGAGCUGCCUGCCUCACGCUCACGCCCUAAACCCCAACGAAAUCCAGAGAGCCCUGGUGCAGUGCAAAGAGCAGGACAACAUGAUGCUGGAGAAGGCCUGCAUGGCAGUAGAGGAAGCAGCCAAGGGUGGAGGUGUGUACCCCGAGGUUCUGUUCGAGGUGGCUCACCAGUGGUACUGGCUGUACGAGCAGUCAGUGGGCGGGGGCUCGGGCCAGCAGCGCGAGACCUCCGGGCGCUGCGGAGCCAACGGCGGCUCGGGGAGGAGGCCCCUGGAGACCAGCUGCGUUGUCCUCGACGCCGGCGGCAACAUUGAGUCGGCGGGGGUGGCGACGGUCACGGCCUCGGUCACCACGGCGGCCGUCGUGCCCGUCAUCUCGGUGGGCUCCACCAUCUAUCAGUCCCACGCCAUGCCGGGCCAGGCCAUAGCCCAUGCCCACAGCCAGGGCCUCCACCCCUACACCACCAUUCAGGCCCAUCUCCCCACCGUGUGCACCCCCCAGUACCUGGGACACCCUCUGCAACAUAUUCCCCGACCCGCCGUCUUCCCUGUGGCUGGCGCUGCGUACCCACAGGGAAUGCACCCCGCCUUCAUCGGGGCACAGUACCCGUUCUCGGUGGCCACUGGGCCGCAGCCUCCAAUGGCGGCCACGGCUGUGACCUUCCCCGGUGUCCCCGUACCGUCCAUGACUCAGAUUGCCGUCCACCCGUACCACCCUGAGACGGGCCUGCCCCUGGGCACCACCGUAGCAGUAGGCAGCGUCCACACAGGCCCCACCAUCCAGGCCAUCCAGGGGACGGCCCUGACCUCCCUCUCCUCCCAGCCCGCCUCAUUGGUCAGUACUCCUUUCCCAAUAGAGGACGAGCAGCACAGCCAGCCAAUCAGCCAACAGGGCCUGCACUACCUGCAUUCUGCCUACAGAGUUGGCAUGCUGGCGUUGGAGAUGCUCGGCAGGAGGGCCCACAACGACCACCCGAACAACUUCUCCAGGAGCCCGCCUUACACCGAGGACGUCAAAUGGCUGCUGGGACUGGCUGCGAGGCUAGGGGUCAACUACGUGUACCAGUUCUGUGUUGGAGCAGCAAAAGGUGUCCUCAGUCCGUUCGUCCUACAGGAGAUCAUCAUGGAAGCUCUUCAGAGGCUCAACCCCGCCCACAUCCACGCCCACCUCCGAACACCUGCUUUCCACCAGCUCGUCCAGCGCUGCCAACAGGCCUACAUGCAGUACAUCCACCACCGGCUCAUCCACCUGACGCCGGCUGACUACGACGACUUUGUGAACAUCAUCCGCAGCGCCCGCGGCGCUUUCUGCCUGACGCCUGUGGGUAUGAUGCAGUUUAACGACGUGCUGCAGAACCUGAAGAGAGGCAAGCAGACCAAGGAGCUGUGGCAGCGCAUCUCCCUGGAGAUGGCGACCUUCUCCCCCUGAGCAGCCCGCUCAGCCCCGGGGAGAGUGUGCUGGGCCCGGGCCACAAGAGCCCCCGGCAAGCAUCGCUACUGCCACUGCGCCCAGCGGGCCGUCUGGUGCUGUCAGGGAUCCCCGCGCUCCACCCAAACAAGCGCCGCACACAGGCAGUACAAUCAGCCCCCCCCCCCCCCCCCCCCCCCCUCCCGACCCACAGAGACUGGUUACGUGUGUCAGGGGAGGAGCCCCCCGAUUCAUCAUGGUUCAUGUUUGUGUAACUGUGGAAAUUAAAGUGUACUCCUUCCUUUUCUUCAUCUUACUCGCCUCUUCCAUUCCCCUAAACUCAAGACAUUGACGGGGACCCUCAGCCGCCCUCCUCCCAAAUAGUUUGGUUUGGCUUUGUUUUGGUUGAAGCCGCCGUGUUCAGGUCGUUUUCAUUUACCAUUCUGGUCCAGAGUGCUAGGCUUCCUUCACCAAGAGCUCGUCACUGUGGACCUGAAUGUUUGCAGUGUGGGAGGAAGAGGAAGCUUCAGCUUUUUGUUUAAUCUUUUGAUACUUUGUAUAGAAUAUGACAUGUAGAGAGGAACAGGAUGAGAGGGAGAGAAUGUUUUGUUGUGUGGGAUCCAUAUUAACAUUUCAGCCUGCCUGAGGACUGACAUGAGAGUGUCGACCAGAACCAGAACCAGAGGCUGCCCGACACCAGCGGCUCCUCCAGCUCUCCUUUGACUUGUAUUCAUUGGUUUUUGUCAGAGCCCCUAAAGGCCACGGCGCUUAAUAAAUCAACAACUACAUAAUCAGCCAAAAUAGAAUCGGGUCCGAAAGGUUUCACAUCAAGGGCGAGAAACCAACAACUUUUAAUUCUAAGUAAUACACACACACACACUCACCAAACUAUUGUGAUUCCACACACCGGGACCAAUGAGAUGCAUAGACAGACCCAGGUGCUCCCUGUUGGGGGUGUCUGAUCUUGGAGCUUGCCUACGUACAACUUUGGGUCUUUCUGGUCAAACUAUAAGAAGCCCCUGCUGUAUCUACGAUUAGAAGUCCCCUGUUGGUGAGACGCGGGCAGAAAGACGAGCUUUGUGCUCAUCCACACGUCGGGUUGCCCUGGAGAGGAGCGAUGUUGGAGGAGCGGCUGGACUGUGGCCCAUCAUUCAGGACUCAACAGAGAUGGGCACCUGCUUGAAUCUGUCCCAAAGUUCCCUGCCGACGGGCCGCCAUGGUUCGGCUCUACAAAGCCCUGCUCCUCCGAGCUGCGUGAGCCCGUGUGUGGUUAGCUCGUAGACUUGGUGCUGAUACUUUAGGAAGGUCCAUCUCUGGCCCGGCAGCUGCUUGGGUCUGAUCCCUGCAUUUUGAUUGGCUCUGGGCCUCACGGGGGGAGGUGACGAAGUAGAAAAUGUACUGUAAUAUUUUUGUAUUCCUCAAAGUGUAGCUUGAUUGAAAAGUUCUAUGUGCAGAUUGCAAAAGGUUCUAAUUUAGAGUGAAAAGAAUAAUAAAAAAUAAAAGCAAUACUUAAGUGUAGAGUUUAAUUAAUAAAGAUAACUCAAACAGUGA